UCUCCUAAACCCUAAUCUCCCUAUCCUCUCAAUUCUCAAUCUCAAUCCCUCUAAAGGUCUAAGCCGAUUCUUCUCCUGUUCUUCCCCAAAUCCUUCCUUCAAUUCCACAUCUACUCUAAAUCCCUAAAUUCAUACCAAUUUCCAAUCUCAUCAAUCCGACCGAUAGAACUCUAGAAAUAUGUUUUAUCCUCUAGUAUCAGAGCCUGAUUUCAAGAACGAGUUCGUCACAACUCUCAACCAAGGAAGACUGCAUAUCAUUCCAAAUCCAUAAUGAGCUCGUCACAUCACUUCGAUUCAGAGUGGUUGCGGCUACAAAAGUUAUUGCGGAAGACCUUAGACCGUUGGAACCAAAAGAAACGGACGAGGGCAGUGACGGUGGAGGAAACCGCAGAUGUUGGGGCGGUGGAGGAUUCUGCAGACCUCAUAUGUCUAAUUAUAAUUAUAAAGUAUUGGUUUUGAUUGUAAAUUUAAAAUAAUAAUAAAUUAUUGCAUUAAAUUUUGAUUACGGGUCUAAAAUAAUAAUUUUAAAAUUUUAAACCAAAAUGCUGAAGAAAUGGAUGGAUAACAUGAUAGGAUGACUAAUUUUUUUAAUUAGAAAAUUUGCAAACCAUAUAAAAUAGUUCAUUAUUUGUCAUGUAUUUUUUAGAGAGAACAAGAGAGGAGAUAUUAUUGAGGCCUCAUUAUAUGAUUAUUGGAUUAGUCCUUUAAACACUUCAAAGAGAUCAUGCUCUAUGGAGAUCUGGAUACUUUACCUUAUGAAGAUGUAAAAUCUAACUUACCGUCGAAAGAAAAAGUUGACUUUGUAUCCAAAUCUAAUGACAAAGGUGAAGGUUUAUUUGAGAGAGGCAGAUCCAAGGGAAAAGGAGAAUCAAGCAAAGGUAAAGGUAAAGCUCAAUCCAAGUCAUGUGGUCGAAAAUAUGAGAAUGAGAAGUACUUUCGUUAUUACCGCAAAACUGGACAUGAAAUUUCUGAUUGUUUUAAAUUAAAGCCCAAAGAAGAAAAGAAAAGGCAAUCUUAAAAGGCAUCUGAAGCCGAAGAAGCUAGUAUCGUCAAUGAAGAUUCAAAUGGUGAAGGUUUGGCAAUUAUUUCUUCUUAUGAUGGCAAUCAGAUGUUUGGGUCCUUGAUUCUGCAUGCACUUUUCAUAUUUGUCCCAAUAAGAACUGGUUCAAAACCCUUAACCUAUUAAUUUUGGUGUUGUGCUAAUGGGAAAUGAUGAUCCAUGCAAAGUUAUUGGUAUUGGUACAAUUGAAAUGCAUCUUCAUGAUGCGGUUGUCAGAACUCUUUCUGAUGUUCGGUAUGUUCCUGACAUCAAGCACAAUCUUAUUUCUUUAGGCACCCUCGAGUCUCUUGGGUGCAGAUAUGGAACUGAAGAGGGAGUUCUUAAGGUGUCUAGAGGUUCUCUUGUUUUGAUGAAAGCUAACCGCAUUGGUUCUGUUCUUACAGGCUCUGUAGAUAUUUCUACCUCGUUGCUUGAUUCACAUAAUACUCAAUUAUGGCAUAUGCGGCUAGUACAUAUGGGUGAUAAGCCAAUUACCGUUCUAAGUAAGAGAGGAUUAUUGGGAAACCAAAUUUUUGGGAAACUCGACUUUUAUGAACAUUGUAUAUUUGGAAAGAAGAAAAAGGUUAGUUUCAAUGUUGCUUCCUCCAAGGGGGUGCUUGAUUAUAUUUACUCAUAUUUAUGGGGACCCUGCUAAAUUUCCUACUGUAGGAGGUCAUAGAUAUAUGAUGACAAUAAUUGAUAAUUUCUCUCGUAAAGUUUGGGUUAUUUCUUAAGGCACAAAAAUAAAGCUUUCUGAGCAUUUACAAAGUGGAAAGUGAUGGUUGAAACUCGAUCAGGAAGGAAAGUUAAGAAACUUUGAACUCACAAUGGCUUGGAAUUAUGUGAAAACGACUUUAAUGAAUUUUGAUCCUCACAUGUAAUUGGAAGACACAAAACUCUAUUUAAAACACCUAAGCAAAAUGGCGUUGUCGAAAGACUUAACAGAACAAUUCUGGAAAGAACUCGGUGUAUGAUAUCAAAUGCAAAACUCUAUUUAAAACACCUAAGCAAAAUGGCGUUGUCGAAAGACUUAACAGAACAAUUCUGUAAAGAACUCGGUGGAUGAUAUCAAAUGCAGGCUUAUGGCAUAGACGUUAUUUAGUGGCGGUAGCUGCGGCCACGACUUGUUAUUUAAUCAACCAUUCUCCACAUAAGUCAUUGGAUUAUAAAAUUACAGAAGAAAUUUGGACAGGUAAACCUGUUGAUUAUUCCAAAUUGAGAAUAUUUGGUUGCACAUCAUAUUAUCACAUUAAUUAGGGGUGUUCAAACGGAUUGGUUACCGUGGUAACCAUAUUAACCGGUAGCAUUCGGUUAAUUUGGUUUGGUUAAUUUGGAUAAUUGGUUUGGUUUGGUUAUACAAUUUAGCUCAUUUGGUUUAGGUGGUUUGGUUUGGUUUCAACACUGCUAACCAUUGAAACCAAUUAACCAAUUAAUGAUACACCUAAUAUACAAAAUUAUUUAUACUUUCAUGCAACUAACCAAACCAAACUUUCAUGAUUCUCUAUUUUAUUUCCAUGUGUACAACAAACCAAAACAUUAUGGAUAAAAAAUUAAAUGGGUCUGCCUAUAUUACUAAACUAAAACAUUUUGGACAACUACUAGAAUAUAAGAUUACGUACAAUACCAUGACAAUCACCUCAAACUAUGUAUAGUUUAAGUGUUUUGUAGGAGAGCUUUAACUUCCUGAUGAGGGGUAUUGGUAUGUAUUUAUGUUAAGGGGUUUGUUGUAAGCUACCUAUAUUAGCUGCAGAGAUGAUGAAUGAUGUAUUAACUCGAAUGAUGAAGAUAAUUAUGGAUGGUUAGUCUUAUUAUUAUUGUUUAUAUAAAAUGAUAGUUUAUGUUUGUUUUCAUGUAAUGUUAUGUUAUUUGGUUAAUCCGAUUAUCUGAUUAACCAAACCAAUUAAACUUUGGUUUGGUUAAUUUGGUUUUCUUGUUAAUUUGAACGGUUUGGUUAAGACAUUUUAUUCCAUGGUUAAUGAAAUUUAGGCUUAAUUGGUUUGGUUAUUACCACGGUAACCAUUUGAACACCCCUAACAUCAAUGAGGGUAAUCUGACUAAUCUCUCUCUUACAACUAAAAAGUGUUUAUCUAUGGGAUAUUUUAUGGAGUCAAAAGGCUAUCAUUUUUGGUGUAUUGAAUCUCAAUAGGCUAUUCAAAGCAUAGAUGUUACAUUCAAUGAAGAUGUCUUACUUUCUGCCAAAAGAUGGUACUUCUUCAUCCCAUGAUAUAGGAAAUUUCGAGACUCUAUGAGACAAGGUGGAGUUCGAGCAACAAGUUGAUUCACCUAAUUCUCUAUCUUCUCCAAAAUCAAAUCCUAGUGAAGUUCAAAAUGAAGAAAUUUCACCUCAAGUGCCACAAGAUUAUAUCUUGGCUCGAGAUUGGCCAAGGAGAGUUAUACAAAAAACUACUCGAUACAGAGAUGAUGAUCUUUUUGCAUAUGCUCUCGUCGUUGUACAAGAAAUUUCACAAGAACUUGGGCCUUGUUCCUACAAAGAAACUAUAUCUUGUGUAGAUUCAUCCAAAUGGCUUACGACAAUGAAUGAAGAAAACGAAGUUUGUUGAAGAAUAAAAUAUGAGAAUUAUGUAACCUGCCUACAGGGAAGAAAUCAUUUUCAAAUACUGGAUAUACAAAAAGAAAGAAGGAAAUCCCGG